AUGGAUGAAAAAAUGAAUAACUUGUGUUCUAUGCUGGCUACGAAACAAAGUACUGCAUAUAUGAUUGGAGAAAAUGAUUGUUUCGAACAGGCUAAUGCGAUGAACAAUUUUAAUCAAAGGCCUAGAAACGACCCGUAUUCUAACUCUUAUAAUCCGGGGUGGAGGAAUCACCCUAACUUUUCUUGGGGCAAUAAUCAAAAUAAUUUUCAACCAAUUGCUCCACCUCAACCAAAAAAACCAUCUUUGGAGGAUACAUUGCAAAAUUAUAUACAGGUUUGCAAUAAACGGUCGGAGGCAGAUGAGAAACGGUUCCAACAAAAUGAGGCUUCACUUGCAAGAAAUGAGGUUUCCCUAAGAAAAUUGGAAGUUCAAGUGGGGCAACUCGCAGAAGCUAUGCAAGGCCAUGUGCCAGGUAAGUUACCUAGUCAACCUGAAGAAGCUAAAGUUUUGACUGUUUUAAGAAGUGGUAAAGUUAUUGAAAAAAGUGUGAAAGCAAAUACCACUUCUGAACCAGCUGAAAUAGUUGAAAAGUUGCAUGUUGAUGAUAAUAAUAAUAAGGAUGAACCCCAACUGCAUAAAUCUGAUAAUCCUUAUGUGCCCCCUAAGUCUUAUGUUCCCCCAGUUCCAUUUCCUGGUAGAUUGCAAAAUUCAAAAUUUGAUAAAUCAUUUGCUGAAAUUUAUGAUUUGUUGUCAAAAGUGAACGUGAAUUUGCCUUUGUUAGACAUGAUUAAAAAUAUGCCUGCUUAUGCUAAGUUUUUGAAAGAACUAAACACCAGAAAACGUAGGUAUGCACAUAAUGAAAAAGUUUUCAUGUCUAAAACUGUGAGUGCUGUUUUACAAACUGACUUGCCCCCAAAAUUAGAAGAUCCCGGUAGUUUCAUAAUAACUAUUACUGUGGGGAAUUCUAAAAAAGAAAAGGCAAUGCUUGAUUUAGGGGCCAGCAUUAACUUGAUGCCAUAUUCUGUCUACUUGCAAUUAGGUCUAGAUAAAUUGAAAUCUACUACAAUGUCCCUCGAGCUUGCUGAUCGCUCUGUUAGAUAUCCUAGGGGCAUUGUAGAAGAUGUUUUGGUCCAAGUUGAUAAAUUAAUAAUUCCUGCUGAUUUUGUUGUUUUAGACAUAAAUAAAAAGUGUAAUCACGAGCAGGACAUGCCUAUUUUGCUUGGCCGACCAUUCAUGGCCACAGCAAAAACGAUGAUUGAUGUCCAAAAUGGAAAAUUAACUAUGACUGUUCUUGAUGAAACUGUUGAAUUUUCAAUUCUGAAAUCAAUGAAAUUGCCUGAAAACGAUAAUAGUCAUUGCUUUGCUGUAAAUGUUUUAGAUUCAAUAAUUUCUGCUGAGUUACUAGAUGAAUAUCUGUUGAAGGUCGAAGAGAUUGAGGCUGAUGAAGUGGAAUCCAGCCAAAGCACAAUAAAAGAGGGGAGUGGUGAAGGAGGUUCAGUUACAGGCUGUUUGGAGCAAAUUAAGGAAAAACUCCAUCCUUCAAUUGAAGCUGAAGUUCCACCCAAGCUUGAACUGAAACCCCUUCCUAAUUCUUUAAAAUAUGCUUUCUUAGGUCCAAAUAAUACUUUUCCUGUAAUAAUUGCUUCUAACCUUUCACAUGAGCAAGAAACAAGCCUACUAGUGGUAUUAAAAAAAUAUAAAAGUGCAAUUGGUUGGACAGUAGACGAUAUUAAAGGAAUAACUCCGACGGUUUGUAUGCACCGGAUCCUUCUUGAAGAAGGGGCAACUCCUGUCCGCCAACCUCAACGCAGGUUGAAUCCAAAUAUGAAGGAGGUUGUACGUGCAGAAGUCCUAAAGUUGCUUGACUCAGGUAUUAUUUACCCAAUUUCAGAUAGUAAGUGGGUAAGUCCAGUUCAUGUAGUGCCAAAAAAAUCUGGGAUUACUGUGGUUACUAAUGACAAAAAUGAAUUAAUCCCAACUAGAACAGUGACGGGGGGAGUAGAGGUAGAUAAGGCUAAAAUUGAAGUUAUUUCUAAAUUACCUCCCCCUACAUCUGUGAAAGAAGUGCGAAGUUUUCUUGGUCAUGCAGGUUUCUACAGGCGCUUCAUAAAAGAUUUCUCAAAAAUUUGCAGGCCUUUAUGCAACUUGCUGGGAAAAGAUGUUGUUUUCAAAUUUGAUGAUGAUUGCCUUUCUGCUUUUAAGUUUUUGAAAGAAAAAUUAACUGCUGCUCCCAUUCUUGCGGCACCUAAUUGGGAGUUUCCUUUUGAAAUAAUGUGUGAUGCAUCUGAUUAUGCCGUAGGUGCUGUGUUAGGACAAAGAAUUAAUAAAAUGCCUUAUGUGAUUCAUUAUGCAAGUAGAACUUUGGAUAGUGCUCAGGCUAACUAUACAACUACUGAAAAGGAGUUGUUGGCUAUAGUCUUUGCAUUAGAAAAAUUUCGUUCUUACUUAAUUGGUUCUAAGGUGAUUGUUUAUUCUGAUCAUUCUGCUCUGAAAUUUUUGUUGGCUAAAAAAGAUGCAAAACCUAGACUAAUAAGAUGGAUUUUGUUGUUGCAAGAAUUUGAUUUAACAAUCAAGGAUAAAAAAGGGUGCGAGAAUGUGGUAGCUGACCAUUUGUCUCGUUUACCCGAAGUAGCUAAUAAUUGUCAUGAUGUUAAUAUUCCUAUCAAUGACAGGUUUCCGGGUGAACAGUUGCUCUCCUUACAUAAUAAAGAGCCUUGGUAUGCAGAUAUUGUGAAUUAUUUAGUCUCGGGUCAAUUUCACCCAGGCUUAAAUUCACAAAGAAAACAACAUUUUCUCUCCAAAGCAAAAUAUUUCUUUUGGGAUGAACCUUACUUGUUUAAAAUUUGUCCUGAUCAAAUAAUUAGAAGAUGUAUCCCUGAGUUUGAACAGCAAAAUAUUUUGAAUCACAGUCACACUUUAAAUUGCGGAGGACAUUUUAGUGGGAAAAAAACUGCAUUAAAAGUUUUGCAAUCUGGUUUUUAUUGGCCUACUUUGUUCAAGGAUGCAUUUGAAUUUUGUGCUAAGUGUGACAGGUGCCAGAGGACUGGUAAUAUAAGUAAGCGUCAUGAAAUGCCCCUUUCGAAUAUUUUGGUUGUUGAUCUCUUUGAUGUUUGGGGAAUUGAUUUCAUGGGGCCUUUUCCUACAUCCUUUGGUUUUAAUUACAUUCUUGUGGCUGUUGAUUAUGUGUCAAAAUGGGUUGAAGCUGUAGCCACUAGGACAAAUGACAGUAAGGUUGUUUUGAAAUUCGUAAAAGAUAUUUUUGCCAGGUUUGGGACACCCAGAGCUAUUAUUAGCGAUGAAGGUACCCACUUCUGUAAUAAACUUUUUGCAGGUCUUCUAAAAAAAUAUGGCAUUACUCAUAAAGUGGCUACUCCGUACCAUCCACAAACCUCUGGCCAAGUCGAGGUGAGUAACAGACAAAUCAAGGGAAUUUUAGAAAAAACAGUGAAUCCUUCUCGGAAGGAUUGGGCCAUUAAGCUGAAUGAUGCGUUGUGGGCUUAUAGGACAGCCUACAAAACCCCAAUUGGUAUGAGCCCAUACAGGUUAGUAUUUGGCAAGGCUUGUCAUUUGCCAGUAGAGUUAGAACACAAAGCCUAUUGGGCUAUUAAAUUCCUAAAUUUUGAUUUGCAGAGGGCUGGUGGAAUAAGAAAAUUGAAUUUGAAUGAAUUAGAUGAAAUAAGGAAUGAAGCCUAUGAAAACUCAAAAAUCUAUAAAGAGAGGACUAAAGUUUAUCAUGAUAAGUUUAUUUUGAGAAAAAAUUUUGAACCUGGGUGAAAGUUUUGCUAUUUAAUUAUGAAAGUUUUGCUAUUUAAUUCUCGUUUGAGAUUGUUUCCAGGUAAGUUAAAAUCUAGAUGGACAGGGCCUUUUGUGGUACGUGAGGUGUUUUCUCAUGGUGCAUGUGAGAUUGAAAAUCCAGAAACAGGUGAAAAAAUUAAGGUAAAUGGGCAAAGACUAAAGCAGUACCUUGAGGGUGAACCCUCCGCCCUGAUUGUUGAACGGGUAGAAUUGCAGGACUCUGAAUGCCCAUGUCUAGCUACUGACAAUAACUAA